AAUCUAAGUUAUGGGGGUCAAAAAUGUAAACCCUCACAAUCCUUGUGGAUUAAAAAGCAAUUUUUAUCUUUGUUGAUUCUCUCUCUAAAACAGCGAAGAAUCAGAGCUGAAAAAUCGCAGCGGAAGCAAUGAUCGUCUGCCUCGCCGUCGUCGGCCACCAGAAUAAUCCGUUAUACAUACAAAGUUUUACUGAAUCAGAUGAUGCGCUCAAGCUUCAUCAUAUAGUCCAUUGCUCUCUCGACGUCAUCGAUGAAAGAGUGAACAACCCCAAAAAGUCCAGCCCAACGAUAAACGAGGCAUUCCUCGGUCUGCUAUAUCCAACUGAAAACUACAAAGUAUAUGGUUACUUGACCAAUACUAAGGUGAAGUUCAUAUUGGUGACGACAGAUCUUGAUGUUCGAGAUGCAGAUGUGAGAAAUUUUUUCAGGAGGUUCCAUGCUGCCUAUGUCGAUGCGGUCUCAAACCCAUUUCACAUUCCUGGUAAAAAGAUCACAUCCAGAACCUUCGCCGAACGAGUCAGCACAAUUGUCAAGUCCUUUGGAUUGAGUUCAGCAAGCUGAAUACUGAACAGAGCUGUGGAUCUUUCUCCUUAGCUGAAGCUUUUCAUCUUCCCCAAAUCGACAUUGUAAUGUAUCUGCUCAAUAUCACCUCAAGGCCCUCCGUCGACGAAUUAUAGUUUUUUCUGGUUAAGAUUGUGCAAUAUUCAUGUGUUCAAUUAUGUUCUCUGCCAGAGCUUUAGCACCCAUUUUUGUGUUGUGGAGGGUAACUUUUAGACCGUGAGUGCUACUA